UUUAAAAAUUAAGUUGUAAUAUUUUGCAAAACUUUCUCUACCAUAAUUAUAUUUUUAAACUAAAUACAAGAUAUGUAUUGAUUGUUCAUGAGAAUUAAAUGGCUGAUAAAAACAUCAAAGUAAUCCAUCAGUUUCUUUUAGAUCAUAAUUUUGAGAGCACUGCUAAAACUUUAAUUCAAGAAGUCUCAAAAAUGGGCUUUCAAAAUUCGGCAUGCAAAUUAGAAACUACUGCAGAUCCGUAUGCUCAAUUAAUAUUAUAUUACAAUAUUGGAGAUUAUUCAACCUUUUUCCAGUUAUGGAACGACUUGUUUUCUAAUAGCACUAAACAGUGCGAAGAAUAUAAAAAGUUAACAUUUUAUUUACACGUGCAUUUUGCUAUAUUACCUAAACGUAAUUUAUACGUUGAUCAAUAUAAAAAACAUGAAUCGACAUCAGAAAUAAAUACACCAAAAUUGUCUUCAGUAAAAGAAAAUUCUGUUUUGAAAAGAUGCAAAGAGAACAAUGCAACUGAAAUCGAAAAAAAUAUAAAUAACAGCAUGAAACAAUUACAAGAUUACUUGAAUGGAGAUGGCAAGGAAUUAGAAAAUGACAUAGAAUUACAAUCAUUUUACGCACUUCCGUUUGUAGAAGACAUUUAUGCAGACACUUUUUUCUCAAAAAUAUUAGAACAGCGUUGGUUGGAUGAAUUAUUAAGGAAUCUAGACUUAUUUAUUAAAAAUCAUAAACAAGAUCCGAUCGAUUUGAACAAUAUAAAUCUUAAUAAAGUGCAAUCGCGGGAUUUAGUACAAGUGCAUACUGUGCCAGUAACAAAAAUGAAAGUUGUAGAAUUAGAUGCUGCACCAAAUAAAACUGCAAAGAAUAAUAUUUCAAUCGUGCCAAACGAUAGAGAUAUACCCAUAUUUUUAGAAGACCAUGACGAUGAAGAACAGUACAGUUUAGCUCAUAAAACAAGUCGUAAUUUAAAAUCGAAAGAUACACAAACACAUAUUACUGGAGAUCAAAUUAUAAUUAAUAAUUUCCGAGAAGAUGUACUGAAUGCAGGAGAAAGUGUUAACAGUUUAGUGAAGAUGCACAAACUAGACAAAAAAUUGAUUCAAUGCAAUCAGGAAUUGGCAUUGACCAAGACUCAUUUAUACAAUAUUCAUACAAAUUAUGAGAAAUUAAAAGUGAGAUUUCAUAAAUUACACGCGGACUAUCAUAAGCUAAUAAACGUUGCCGGAGAAUUAACGGUGGCAUUGGAAAACUCAGUGAAAGGGCAAACUGUCGAUAUACAACAAACGCUCGAAAUUUGCAUGAAGAUAUUUCCAGAUUUAUUUAAUCAAAAUAUAAGAGAGGCUUCCCAACCAUCCUUGUUGCAAUUCAAUCAUACUGUAAAAGCAGUUGCCCAGCCUAAACUCGAUCACAUCGCACUACCGAUAUCUCCAAAAUUAUUAGACUAUAAAAAAAUCAAGUUACAUCUUCUUAACGGGGACGUGAAGACAAAGUUAUUGCUAUUGCAAGCAUUGCGUUGGAAAAUAACGCUCGCGCAGCUAAAUGAACAGGAUGAAGUCUUGCACGAAUAUGUGAGCCACGAUUUGUUGGGACUUCAUGGACAAAUUGCUAGCGACAGUGGCAAGCCAAUUCUACCAUGCUUGCUGACUGCAGGAGAAGCUUAUGCUAGGCAUCUUUUACAGCAGUUUACUGCGCGAUUAUUAAACACAUUGGCAUCCUUCAGAUGCGGAAGAGAUUACUUGUCGGUCGGAUCUACCAUCGUAAAUGUGAUCUUUACUUGUCUCGAUAGUAAUUACGCUGAGGGAGUUGACAUUUUCGCGUGUGACAUGAUGGUGGCGAUGUUACAGAAACUAUCUUUACGUAGACAGCAACGGAUAUACAUGAUAGAAAACGGAUUGCUGGAAUGGUUGAUCAAUCAUUUACACGAUAAAUGUCGCGUUAUAAGUUUAUACAGGCUUGAAUAUGCUACCGCACUUUUAAUGAAUCUGUCGUUACAUCGGUUAGCGCAAGCUAGAGCAUCUAAGAUACCAUCUUUACUUGUUUCUACAUUACUCAUCCUUCUCUCAAUAGAUCAUUCAUCUUCUCUACCAUAUAUCAAUGGAGCGCUAAACAAUUUUCUAAACAAUCCUGUAAUCAAUGAGGAAGCAAAGAAAAUUAAAUGUUCGAAUAUAUCGGAUUAUCUUGGUAGCAAUCAAAAAACUACGAAAAUAAGAAAGCAUCUAGAACAUAUAUUGAAAAUACAGAGGCGUGAAAAUGUUAAUACGCCGCAAGAAGAGACUGGGGAUGAUGAUAACGAAGAGUUGGACGUGUUGGAAAAUGAAUUAGACGAAAAUGAUCCAUUACAAAAUUAUGUCGGUGAAUUGAAUGGAGAAACGCUGCUUGCAAUGUGUUAUAGCGUUUCUUCAAAGAUUCCUCAGGAUGCUAUAACCACGGAUACAACUUUACAAAAGAUAUCUACGCUGAAUCCUAUUAAUUUUUACGACAAUCAACACAAUAAUCAUCUUUUCAAACGUCCAUCAUAUCCUUUGUUAAGGGACAGUAGUGAGACUGCAAUAACAUCUUCUGUGACUCUAACAUCCGGUCGCGAAAAUGGUCAAACAGAAAUGGAGAAAUUCAGCAGUAUAGCAUCGCUGAAUAGUAACAAUUAUGAUAACAUAGUUAAUGAUAAUUUAUGGAAAAAUAAUUCAGAACUUGCUAAAGAAGAAGAAGCAUUUUUGGCCAAGCCUAAAUUAUCAAGGACACCUCCAUAAAUAUAAAAAUUCCAGGAUGAAUUCAAUUAAAAAAUGCUAGUUUCUUCAUAUAUAUAUAACAAUCAUAUUGAAUUAUAGAAUUAUGAUAACUAAAAUUUUUAUUUUAACAAUUGCAGAAUUUCUCACAGUGCGU